AGGAUGCCCAACUGAAUUGCUCUGCAACCCGACGAACUGAUUCUAUAGCCUAAUCUUUUUUGAAAAGUAUUUUUGUGCAUGCCAUAUGUAGUUGAGAAUGCAUUAUUACUCGGAUAACUAGGCCUGUGUACUAUACGGACUAGCUUAUUUUAUUGCGCAUCAUAAUAUCACUUCCACUCUGUCUAAAAAGUAGAUUACGGCGUAGUGCGCAUCUUCAGAGGCGCUCAGUCUGCGUGCUCAUGUGACCUGCUCUGCGCAGCUAUCGACAUCUGACCUGGUUUUCAACACGCAUUAUCAUUGCAUCAUAAAUCAUCUCUUGUAUGUGAUGUCGGACUACAGGCGACAGUGGAACCGGGAGGAUGAGCUCCCUGUGUACCUGGCAAAGCCCAUAUCGACAGGAGCCAACCAGCGACACAAGCAUCAUGGGAUGUUUAGCUCCGUUGAGGGAGCAUUUGAUAGCAAAACUAUAGAUUUUGAUCAGUACGCCGUGGGAAGGAAAGGAAGCAGGACGCCGCGGAGCUGCAGCAGGGAGCGCGUUGUGGAUGGGGAUUUUGAAGCAUAUGGUCUCCGCGGGGGUUCUGUCAUCAACUCCCCGGGCGAGACGGACGACGGGCGUUCGGGUGUCGAAGUCACUGACCAGACGGGGAGUGAAUUGCAUCACGGGGAAAACAACGGGAAGAGUGAGCGGCUACUUAUUAAAGGUGGCAGGGUGGUUAAUGAUGAUCAGUCGCUCUAUGCUGAUGUCUAUGUUGAGGAUGGACUUAUAAAACAGGUUGGGGAGAACCUGAUUGUACCUGGUGGUGUGAAGGUGAUCGAGGCUAAUGGGUGUAUGGUAAUACCCGGGGGCAUUGAUGUGAAUACCUGCUUGCAUAAGGCUUACCUGGGCACCCCACCAAUAGAUGACUUCUUCCAGGGUACCAAAGCUGCUCUGGCAGGAGGCACCACCAUGAUUUUUGACCAUGUGAGUCCAGAGCCAGGUGAAAGUCUGUUGGAGGCAUUCGAGAAGUGGCAGGAAGCGGCCGACAAGAAGUCUUGCUGUGAUUAUUCGCUUCAUGUGGAUAUUUCACAGUGGCAUGAGGGUGUAAAGGAGGAACUGGAACAGCUGGUACAGGACAAAGGAAUUAACUCCUUCCAAGUCUACAUGGCUUAUAAAGACUUAUUUCAAAUGACUGACACACAGCUGUAUGAAGCUUUCUCAUUCCUUAAGGAUUUGGGUGCAGUAGCACUGGUACAUGCAGAGAAUGGAGACCUCAUAUCACAGGAACAAAACAAAAUUCUGGGAAUGGGCAUCACUGGUCCAGAGGGACACCCGCUGAGCCGCCCUGAGGAGCUGGAGGCGGAGGCUGUUUUCCGCGCCAUCACCCUUGGCAACCGAGUCAAUUGCCCUGUCUACAUCACCAAAGUGAUGAGUAAAAGCGCAGCUGAUACUGUGUCCCAAGCGCGGAAAAAAGGUUCUGUUGUAUUCGGUGAGCCAAUAACAGCCAGCUUGGCAACAGACGGGUCACAUUAUUGGAGCAAAAACUGGGCAAAAGCAGCAGCUUAUGUGACCUCUCCACCCCUCAGCCCGGACCCGACUACACCCGAUCAUCUUCACUCUCUGCUAGCCUGUGGGGACCUCCAGGUGGUGGGUAGUGGACACUGUGCUUACAGUACUUCUCAAAAGGCCAUAGGAAAAGACAACUUUACCCUUAUACCCGAGGGAACUAAUGGAGUGCAGGAGAGAAUGGGAUUUGUGUGGGAAAAGGCUGUGGCCAUGGGGAAGAUGGAUGAAAACCAGUUUGUUGCAGUAACAAGCACCAAUGCUGCCAAAAUCUUCAACCUGUACCCUCGUAAGGGUCGGAUAGCGGUGGGUUCGGAUGCUGACCUCGUUAUCUGGGACCCGGACAAGAAUAAGACCAUCACAGCAAAAGCGCAUCUGUCGGCUCUGGAGUAUAAUAUUUUUGAAGGAAUGGAGUGUCGUGGUAGUCCGGUGUAUGUGGUUAGUCAGGGCAGGAUUGUGUUUGAGGAUGGAAAACUUCAGGUUGCGCAGGGGACUGGGCGCUACAUCUCCCGAAAACCCUUCCCUGACUAUGCCUACCAGCGCAUUAAAAUCCGUGACAAGGCCAUGAACAAGCAGGGAGUGUCUCGUGGGAUAUAUGAUGGUCCAGUGUACGAUGUCCCAGCGACACCCAAAUAUAUAACCCCAGCACCCUCUGCAAAGACCUCGCCCACUUCGCACCAACCUCCACCAAUCAGAAACUUGCAUCAGUCUAACUUCAGCCUAUCAGGGGCUCAAAUUGAUGACAGUGUUCCUCGACGAUCUGGCCACCGCAUUGUAGCACCCCCGGGUGGUCGUUCCAAUAUCACCAACCUUGGAUGAAUCUUCACUCAUUCCUGUGUGUGUCUGUGUGUGUAAAUGGAUCUGUUAACAAAUCAUCAGUAUUCUCCUUAUACAGGUUCACCAUGAUUAGAAGUUUUUACUCAUGCAUGUCCUUACUGUGAUGCUCACUUUAACUUAUCUGUGUAGUAAAUGUCCCAUCCACAGUGCAUAUUAUUGUGUGCACUAUAUACAAUAGCAUCACUGAUAAAGACAAACACAGAUUAAAUAUAGCUAGACAAUCACUAAAAUACUCUAUACCCACGACAACUCAAGUAGCAUUCUAAACCGUGUUGUAAUAACCAAUCCUAUUUUUGGAUUAGUAACUAAAAUUGUUGUGACCCCAGUGUUUGUGAUAUAGUGUUAACAUUGUCCUAAUGCAAAGCCCAUGUAAAGCAAAGCAUUCGUUUUCUGCCGCUGGAUAUCUUACAAAAUGGUGCUCCUCCUACUGGGCAAGUGGCAAAACUUUUAACUGGUUUUAGUGACAAUAAGGGAAAGUGCUGGUCUGAGAUCAGUUCUAGGUUUUAAGUACACUUUUAAACUGAUUUAUGAGCUGCCAUUGCAAGCACUUUUCCUCUUCUGUUCUAUGUGCACUGAAUUGUUUUAAAUAAGUUGUUUUGUGGUAAAGAAUGGUGAUGGAUUGCAUGAUUUAACUUUUAGAUGUUGGUAUCUGACUCAGCUGUUGAUUCUUACUCUUUAUAGUUUAUUUUUCAUUUCAAUUUUAAUAUUUUACAAGAGAAAGGAGAAAAGUAUGUGUUAUAUCACAGUUUAUUUGAUAACGUUUGAAAUGAUUAGCUUUUAGAAAAAUAGUUGCAUGCAUGUAUUUGGUUCAGUCCUCCGAGCUCGUCCUAGCUGUGUAGAUUUUGCUUAUUUGCAAUAACAGAUCUAGACUCAGAACAUGAGGUUAGAGCUGGUCCAAUAUGUUUAUAGCUGGGAAAACGUUCACCUCUAUGUGAAAACUAAAUGGUGCUAGAGAGUUAUUUGUAGCGAGCCUACUUUAGGCUAUAGGAGUACUGGGACUGCCUUUAUUGACUUCACCUCAGUUCAAAUGCAAAAUUUAGAGAAAAAAACACUACGAUAUGCAAUUACAAACAUUUUAUUUUUUUGCAUCGUCAUAUAAAACAGCAAGUGACAGACAAUUUAAUUUAAACAUUAUUUUGUUUUACUGCGUAUGCCUUUAUUUUUUCUCUGAUUUGCCUAGUCACUGUGUAAGCAAAAUAAUAUGAACCUUCCAUUGAUUCAAUUGUUAAAGAUCCUGAUGUGACCGAGACGAGGCCAUUUUCAAGCCUGCUGUGUUCCUUUACCUGCCCUCUUGUGGUUAAGUAUUGCCUUUGGUAUUUAUAUUGUUAUAUUAUCAAUGCCAUUUCUGUAUAUGAUAUCCACCAAUGCACUCAUUGGCUGUUGGUAAUGAAAUUCAGUUUGCUAUGGUGAAAUAAAGUCUAUUAGAUGAUG